AUGUCUCUUAAUGUGAUAGCUCUCAUAUCUGGCGGAAAAGACUCGCUGUUCUCUUUAUUACACUGCAUACAAAAUGGCCACAAGAUUGUUGCACUUGCAAACCUGUACCCUGUUUCCGCAGAACCCUCCACUGAUGGUCCUGUGACGCUGGAAGGAGAGGAUCUUAACAGCUUCAUGUACCAAACAGUUGGACAUACGAUUGUUCCCCUGUACGCGGAGGCACUAGACUUGCCUCUCUAUCGACGCGGUAUUGGCGGCAAAACAGUUAACACAGAGCGAGACUAUGCUUUCGAAGAGGGUGUGGACCCUGACGAGGCAGAAGACCUCAUUCCUUUGUUGGAGGAAAUCAGACAAGCUCAUCCAGAGGCUGAUGCUCUCUCUACUGGAGCAAUUCUCUCUACCUAUCAGCGGACGAGAAUCGAAUCGGUGGCCGUGCGACUUGGAUUGACUCCACUUGCCUUUCUAUGGCAGUAUCCUUAUCUAUCUCCGCCGAAAGAGCGAGAAGACUCCGUUACUGGUCUGCUAGACGAUAUGGAGGCUGCAGGCUGCGAUGCAAGACUAAUUAAGAUUGCGAGCGCUGGUAUGAAGGAUUCUCUUCUCUGGUGUCGAGUGUCCGAUCCAUCAGUGAAAGCUCGAAUUAUUGCUGGAAUGUCUCGAUUUGUUGAUGGCAAUGGGUCAUCGCUCAGAGGCGCUGUGCUUGGUGAAGGAGGUGAGUAUGAGACACUGGCUAUUAAUGGGCCAUUACGAGUGUGGAAGAAGAGGAUCGAGAUUGAUAGCAAAAGCAAUAUCGUUGUUCAAGAUGAAGGUGGAGCUACACGCUUGACGUUUGGUAAAGCAAGGUUGGCUGAGCAGUCUUCGGUGCAGGGAGAUUCCGAGUCACCAUUGGUCCGUGUGCCAAUGUUGCUGGAUGCUAGUUUCAACAUAUUGCGGCAAACAAUCUUACAAGCAGAUAAUCUUCAUUCAAAUCUUUUGGAUCCUCGUGACUUUCAUGCAUGGACGUGCUCAGAACUCCGGGCGAGUACAUCACAAGUCUUGACGAGCUCUACUAUCAACAACCUAACUAGUCCAAAACUCUCCAGGAACGUUACAGAGCAGACCAUUGCUAUCAUUGACCAGCUUGAUGCCAUACUUAAAGCUACCAAUAACUCCCAGGACGUGACCGCUUGUGUUGCUUUUGCAACUAUCCUUCUACGACGCAUGUCCGAUUUUGCAGCUAUAAAUACUCUCUACGGAAAGCGAUUCAAUCACACUAAUCCCCCAGCCCGAGUGACAAUCUGCUGUGGUGACGUUCUCCCUCCAGACGUUUUGGUCAGCAUUUCGUUCACCUUGGCUAGGGCAGGCCCAGCAAGGGUGCAUGGUUUGCACGUUCAAUCAAUAUCUUACUGGGCGCCAGCAAAUAUCGGGCAUUAUUCGCAAGCAAUCAACGUGCCAAUGCUGCUGCCCGGAGGAAGCGAUGAGGAGGUCGUUCAUCUCGCCGGCCAGAUUCCCCUCAUACCUUCAAGUAUGCAACUCCUCGAGCAAGACUUCUUAGACCAAGCAAUCCUUUCAUUACAGCAUCUCUGGCGGGUGGGUCAGUGUGUUGGAGUCGACUGGUGGACUCACGGUGUAGCAUAUCUAGCUAAUGCUGAGAUACCGGAGAUCCAUAGGAGAGCGAAAGUGGCCUGGGAAAUCUGGAAGGGAGCGAACACAGCAGCACCGAAUGCAAUAUGUGAGAAGCAGGACGACUCAGAAGGUGAUACUGGUAAUUUUGAUGUGUGGGACCUUAAACACAACCACCAGAUGCAGCCAGCUCUGGUAUCGUCAAAACAGCCCACAAGUGCACACGUCCACAAACUGCCAAAUCAUGACGUCCUCUCAAGAUCUUCAUCCUCCCUACAAGCCACCAAUACAGACAUUCCACCUCUCCUCGUUGCGCAUGUGUCUUCUCUGCCACGCUCUGCAGUCAUCGAGUGGCACAGUCUGGGUCUAGCCCGCCUGCCCAGAUGUUCUACCUCCAGGCCGCCUCUAACCGUCUCGACGACAGCAAGAGACUCCCUAUCGAUCUCUACAUGCCUUUUGGGCCCAAUCAGCCCUGAAGCCGCUGCUGAUUCGGACGACGACUCUUUCACCCAGACCGAGGGCCAAGAACAGAAGUCCCAGCUUAGAGCGAUCGCAUUCUUCACCAUCCAGAUCUUCGAGAUCGCCGAAUCUGCUUCAUCCAAUAAGGGCCUCAGUCUAAAAGAUCAGCUCCACCUUGCCCUAUCCCGCUUGGAACAGCAGGAUGACGUUCCGCUUAUGGAAGGCACACAUUGGACGUUCGGCGAUCUCACAAUCUACGUCUGCUCCGAAGGUGGCUACAACGCCCUUAACACCUCCGGCUUAGCCACGAUGGGAACGCUGAUACCAUGUCGGAGUCUGUGGGGCGAAGAGGGAAGAAGAGUCGCGAUUGCUGUUAUGGGUCGCAGGGAGAGAGCCAGUAGCGGCAACAGCACAAUAAAUGCAUUAGUCUAA